UGUCAGUUUGUCAGUUAAUGAAUAUGUCAUGAAUAUGUUUUCAACAUGAUAUAAUAAAUUAAAUUUUAACCAGUAUUUUAAAAAUAUAGCACAACUUUUUAAUAUAUAGGGGAAGUUUUAAUCUAAAUAAUCAGCAAAAUGUUUCAUUGUGGAAUGCGGCAAAUGGAAGAGAAGCAUGUGGCAAACCAAGUUGAUCUUAUGGUUUGGAGUAAUCGUCUUGAUUUAUUAGCCCUUAGCAAUUUUAAAGGAGAAGUUCAAGUACACAGGCUUCAUUGGCAAAAAGUUUGGAAUUUACCUCCUCCCAAAGAUAAUGUAGCAGUUGAUGCAAUGGCAUGGAGGCCUGAUGGCAAGGCAUUAGCUAUUGGUUACAAUUCUGGAACUGUUUGCAUUAUUGACAUUGAAGACAAAGAAAUUAUUGACAAAUAUGAUUUUGCUUACGAAAUGUCUGAAGAGUUAUAUAUGGCAAAUAAUUAUGGAAUUCCAUGUAUUACUUGGGCAGUGAAAGUAGGAAAUUUAGAAAGUGCUACAGAAUAUAAUGUGUAUGAUGACCCUUCAAUAUUUCUGCCAAAUCCUCCUUCACCCAGUAGUUCAUAUAAAAAUCAAGGUAUUGAGGAUAAUGUAAAAAAUACUUCUGACAAUAUAGAUCAAAGUCAAUUAAGUAUGUUAAUGAUCGCAUAUGGCAGUGGAAACAUUUACAUGAGUGUGUUUGGUAGAUAUCCGUAUGGAACCCUGCAUUUUUCUCAUAUCACUAAAGAUGAUUAUGGUGAAUAUAAAAUACUCGAUAUGAAUUUGUCAGAUGACUUCAGUGUAAUGCAAGUACUUUACUUAGACAAAACUACUAAUCUUAUAAGUUUGUCUCUUGUCAAUACAAGUGUCUUAUCAGCUUAUGCUGAAGAACUAUUUAGUGUUGCAACAAAACAUGGUCAAAUUGUAACAUUAUUGACACAACUGGACAGAACAAUGAUUUCAAUAACAGAAGCUUGGGAGCAUAUAUUGUUAGAGAUGGAUACAAAAAUGGCAUAUUAUGCAUCGUCUGUACCAGAGGGUGGAGUUUCAGCGGAUUUGUUAGAAUUAUUGAUGUUGGGAGUUCCAUCUGAUGAAUUGGAAGUGUUUCUGCUUAAAGAUUUAACAGCUAAAGGCUUAAAGAAAUUUGGCAACUCCGUUGAGCUUAGUUAUUCCACUAUUCAAAAGUUAGUUUUAAGACAGCUCAAUAUAAUUGGACAGAGCGUCACAUAUCACCUAUCAGAAUUAAGAGGUUUGACAAGAAUUCCAGAUAGAUAUAAGGUUUUGUGUUUGGAACAAAAAAUGGUGACUGAAGCAAUAAGAGCUUCAUGUGCCUUUUUAAAUAAGUGUCUGGAAUUACAACAAGUUAUUGAUGUGUCAAUGCGCAAUUACAAAGCCUUUUUCAGGUGGCUUUUUGUUGUAAUUGUCCGACUUUUAGAUGAACAAACCUCCAGUGAAAUUGUAAAAAUAACACAGCAAGAACUUACUCAUAUUGCCGAGUUUUUGUAUAACUUUGAUAAUGUCCAUGAAGAAAAUACUGAUAGUCCAACAGAAAGACCUGUUAAAUUUAACUUAGAAAGGUUGGGUCAAUAUUUAAUAGAUGAAGAUUUAACAAUUCUGCCAGAUGAUGAAGAUAAUCCAUGGCACAAAUUUUUAAGAGAGAAUUCGUGUUUAUUGAAGGAAAAUGAUACUAUAUUUUGUAUGAUGGACUUUAGGAAGUUUUCAUUAGUACAACAGCAAAAUCACUUGAAGAUAUCAGUCAGUAAAAUAUUUGAUGUUAGGGUAAAAAAUGUAGCCCAAUACUUUUCUCCGGUGUAUAACCUUAAAUUAUAUGAAUAUCCAAAUAAAUUACCACAACAAAGUUUAAGGAUUUCACAGUUUUUUGACACCAAUGAGGAAAGAUUUUUCAUGGCUUUCACUGACAACGAGAAUAUGAGUGAAGGUAUUAACUUUGUAUCUGUCAAUAUCAAGGAUAGAGUAUGUACAGCCACAGCUUCUAAAUUUUCCUUCUCAUCAUGUUUACUUCGAGAAAAUCAAGACCAUCCUGAACGAGAUCUUACAAUCCUUGAUUUACAAUUUUAUUCAUCAGAAUAUUUAUCUGUGCUGGUCAAACAUGAAAGUAAAGAGGAUAGUACAAUAUUUAUUCAGGUUCCAGUAAAAUAUAUUUUAGACAAUUCAAUUGAGUUUAAUAUGAAAUCAAAGUCAUUAGUUUUUAACGAAAAAAUUGUUAAGAAGAAUAUAUCACCAUUAUUAGAUUCUAAUGUUUAUAAAAUUCUUGAUAAAAUGGAUGGUUUUCGUAUUGCUGUGUCUGGCGGUCGGAAAGUAGCUGUUGUUUUGUCAAACAGUCAUAGGAAAGUUAGAGUGUUUGAAAUGGAAAUUAAUGCAGAUGAUGAUGAUGAUGAAACUCUCGACAUAACACCUCUCUCACAAACAACAAAUGCCAGUGAAAACCAAAGUACACCUGAUAACCACAAUGUCCAAGAUGUCACCUUUUAAUGUAAUAAAGCAACUUAUAUUUAAUAUAAA